CAACGCUGAAAUUUCCGUGUUCGGCUGUCCAACUUGGAGGGGAGAAAGAAAUACGCAAGCGUACGCUAUAAUAGGUCCCGGCCAACCACGCUCAUGCCCUUCAAGGACGACACUAGCCUAGUCGCCCUACGGUACGAUCAGACUGCUCAGGCGGAGCCGCCUAUACCAAUCCCACCAGCAAAAUCGCCCUUGCGUUACCAACGUGGUGUAGCAAAGCGGCCAGCUUCCUGCAUCUCAGCACCGGGUCCAGAAUUCAUUCGGAGUCAAGCAUCGACUCUGGUGGUCAUUGCUCCUCCUUUCCCUCCCCCGACGGGGCCUUUACCUCGUCCGCCAACUGCAGAACAUCCUGCGUUCAGAAGCGUCCCGGUGGCAGGUGUGGGUGCAGUCGCGGGUGCAGUAGCGGUGCCCCGGACAGAUAUCGACGACCCGAAACGGGAUUCAGGCCACGCACCCACCACCUCGUCCAACUCGCAGACGUUCUACGAGGAGACCAGCGAGGACGAGGAUCCCUUUCCUUACGAGAAAAUCGAUAGCGUCCAGAUUAGUCGAACAAGCAAAUUCGUUGCAUCGCUUCUUGUUCCACCGCUGCGGGUUCGGUCGUCAUCGCCAACGUCACUAUAUUCAGAUAAUGGAAGAUUGGGGCCGGGGGCCGAGUACAGGCACAGCUUAGGCGGAACCAACAGCGACAGCAACAGCCAAUCCAGCAUUCCUCUGGCUCUGCCCUCGCCAGGAUUAUCCGAGGCCAAUACCGUGUCGCCAACAUCCCCUACCACCCCGCCUCCCAAUUUCCCUGACAAAACAACAGCUUCGUCCAUCUUCUCCCGCCGCUCAUUCAGCUUUCGCACAUCUAUAUCCUCAAUGAAGUCGACGAGGCGUCUCAGGAAGAAGCACCCGUCACAUGCCAAUCCCACUCCCACUGCCGCUCCCCAUCCUCAGCCCCGGCCCCAUGCUGUAGUAGUGGAGGAUGACGGUGGAGAGGCCCCUCGGGACCCUCCAGCCCCUGCGCUGGCUGCCCCGUCCCCCAAGGAAGAAGCCAAGACAGCGACUAGUUCAUCCCUGGUCAACGCCGCCCCGCCGCUAGAUAGCGACGGACAAAGUCAGGGUUUCAACGGUAGUGGCAGUGACGGGGCACGUCCAUCACAUUCGCCAAAGCUGUCGACGGGUGCUGCUCAUGCACCAGAUGGCGAUGAUUUCGCCGACUUCGUCCAACAAAUCUCCUUUUCCAAGCGCGGCAGUAUCAUGCUCGGUGGGAAGCGUCCAUCAAAACACCACGCGACUAUGAGCGGCGACAGUGGAAUCGCUCAGCAUGCAGGUGCACCGGCGACCCCCGUCAAGGGGCAGCGUGCACCGCGUGCGUUCCCCCUUGCAUCCUCGCCUCCAUCGAAUCCCCUCAAUGUCGACGGCGCUUCACCCUCCAUCCUGGCUGAAAAUGAGGAGGCGAUCACUUCUCAGAGACCCAUGACACCACCGCCUCUGCUGAAUGCUGAUGCUCCAGCAACGCCCAAGUCAUCCCAACGCCAGCCCAGUAUCCGACUUAUAUCUGCAGAAGUGGAAAGGGAAUCUCAAAAGGUGAGAUCGCUCUAUGAACCCGGCGAAGGACUCAGAUGGGAAGACGGGGGCCGGGUCUCAUCGUUUGGUGAAUGUCUCGAGCCCACAGUGGAAGUACCGUCAGAUGUGGAUGAGAACGCGUAUGGUUUCCUUGACUAUCCGGUACCAUUUUUUGCUUGACCGAUCUUGAUCAUGCUAACGUUCUCCUCUGCUGUAGUCCAAAGCCAAGCCAAAGUCUCCGCCCAAAUACAAGUCAGGCCGACCGACCUUCAACCCCUACGCCAGCACCUGGGAUCCCAGAGUCCACGGCGUCUUCUGUGUUGC